AUGAUGAGAAGGCAGCAGCAGCAAGAUCAGCACUCGCGUGUUUUCUUCGAGCUAUCCACUCUGGUCUUCAACUUGCUUCGUUCCCCACCGACGCCGAUCCCCUUCUCCGACCACUUCCCGACCCCUGCGCCGCCAGCUGUUUCCUCUUCGUCCAGCAGUCGGAGGUCGUCGCAGUUGUCGGCGGCGCAGAUCACGCCGGCGGGGUUCGCGUCGCUGCUACUGGGCGUUUCCCUGUCGCUGAUGCUAUGCGGAUCCCUGACCUUUUUCAUUGGGUUUCUUUUGAUGCCCUGGGUGAUUGGGCUUGUAAUGGUGUUCUAUGUGGCCGGGAUCGUUUCGAUGAUCUCCAUGUUAGGCCGCUCGCUUCUCUGUUACGCUACCGAGCCAUCGCCCUCCCCUGGGAAAGACAGUCCUGCUAGCUGGCUGAUAGAGUUGUACGGGUUUGAGAAAUACUGCUUGGAAACUCAUGUGAAGGAAGGGGGCAGUCUGGAGACGUGGAGAAUUGGGUAGCAGCUGCAUAUUGAGCUGCGACAUAAGUCGUCGACCUGGAAAUGGUGCCGCCAUUCGAAUGAAGAGAACAUGUUGGGAUCUGAGGAAUGAAUGCCUUGGCUUUUCUUUUUCUCUCUUGAGUGAUUUGAUGCAGGAACUGUGGAUAUCUGUUUUGGUUUCCUGAUGCACUGUGGAUAUAGCUGCUUCUUCAUGAAUUAGAUAUAGCGAAAAGAAGGGUUCUUUACGUUUUUUCUUUUCUUAAAUGCCCUAAUCAAUCAAUGUACCUCGAGCUCAUAACUUGCCAAUCAAAAGUUGGAGGUUUCUCUUAUUGUCCUGAUAUAUCGAAUGCAUUGUUUGUUCCCCAAUCAAGUUGAGAAUUCAUCUUCGCAACUCUAUUUUGAAUGUGAAAUCAGAUUCAUGAGGUAUGAUGAACA